UGUUCUUUGCAGGUACUUCUCCAUGGAUUCCGAUUCAUGUGGUGGCGAUUAUGAUUAUUAUGAUGAUGAUGGUUGUAGUUAUGAAGGGGAGGACUAUGGGAGCUAUCAAGGGUGUGACGAUAGGGAAUAUGAGAGCUAUAUGGGGAAUGGUGAUCAUGAGGAAGUUCGAGGAGAGAAUUACCAUUUUGAAGGAGAAUAUGAAGAGAGUGGUACUCAUGUGUCUCAUGAGGAAGAUGGGGAUGAAGAAGAAACUUGUUAUGCUUCACAUGAUGAAGGUGAAGGUUCUUGUGCUAUACAUCAUGAUGAUGAAGACGACUCGGGAUAUGACUCUCCUUCAAACGUGUCUUAUGGUUCUUAUGGGGAAAAUCCUUAUACAAAUAAGACUUGUGGAGGGUAUGUCUAUGGAGGUAGUGGAAGUGCUAAUGUUGAUUAUGGAAGGGCUUCUAGUGGGCAUGCAUAUGCUUCUUCUUGUAGUACUUCCUAUCCGAAGCAAAGUGGCAUGUGUGGGAAUAUGAGUACUAGUUGGAGUCGUCAUAUGAAAAAGAAGGUGGUUCCAAAGAGGCGAUUCAUGGAGACCAAGGUAAACCUUUGUGUUAGAGAGGGAAUCCUUGUGCUUGAUGAUGAUUGUUACACUAAUAUCAUCACCCCUCAUGCGGUUGAAGAGUUAAGGCUACCUUGUGUGAUUAUGCGAAAUCCUUACUAUGACGAGGGAGAGUAUUGGGUUGAUAAGAGAGUGAUGGUAUUCAUUUCACUUAGUGAGUACCAAGAGGAGGUUUAGUGUGAUGUGCUUCCAAUAGAUACUUGUCACGUAUGCUUAGGUGGCCCUUGGUUUCAAAGGCAUGAGAUCCCAUAUGAACAAGAGUGGCAUAAGUGUGUCGUGGAUGAAAGGAGGAAACCUCUAUUUCCAUACGUACUUCAGCCUAAUGUGAGAUGGCCUAUCUUGAUUAUGGAAGCUAGUGAAGAAGAGUAUGUUAAAUGGGAGUUCAUGAUGGAUGAAAUCUUUGCUAGUUACCCUUAUUCCCAAGAAAGGAAGAUGAAAUUGGCUAUGGGGACUUUUGAGAAGAAGCUUGCACACUAUUGGGCGCACAAGAGGGGAGAUCCAAUCACUACUUGGGAUGCAAUGAAAGAGAGCUUGAGAGGCCAUUAUCCCGAACCACAUGAAAAGGGGCAUAGGAGCAAAACCACUUCCCAAGAGAAGAAGUCAAAAGGGAAGAAGCAAAGUCCCUCUUGUGAGAUGCCACAAAUUCAACAUAUUCCUUCACCUAUAGAAACCCCAAGUGAGAUUUGGGCGGCAUUGAAAAGGAAGUGGUUGAAAGGAGGAACGGCGGACAAGACCAUUACUUCACUUGGUCAAAUGAGCUUCCCUUUGGUGUCUCAAGGCAAGGAAGAUCCCUUACAUGAGAAUCAAGGUAAAAUAACUUCUCCUAAUACUCUUACUUUAUUGAGUGAUCGUAAUGCCAAUUUGAGUAUGAAAGUUAGUUUACCUUGCAUUGAGCCUAGUGAAUCCUUGCCAUGUCUUGAUAAUGUCAUUGUUGAAAGUGUCCCUACACUAGUUGAUCCUAUUGAUGACCGAAUUGAUCCUUCUUGCAAGGUCGAUUUGUGUCCACCUAGUGUUGACACUUGUGCUUUGAAUGAUAGUGCAUUAUCGAAUACAGGUGCUCAAACACUAGUUGAUCCUUUAGAUGACCAAAUUGAUUCUUCUUGUAAGAUCAAUUUGUGUCCACCUAAUGUUGACACUUGUGAAUUAAAUGGUAGUACAAUGUCAUGUGAUCAUCAUGUUAGUAAUUCUUGCGAGUUUGACAUACUACCAACUGGUGUUGAACCUUGUGUUGAUCAACUUGGUUGUAAUGAUAAUUCACUACUUGAGAAUCCUUGCGAUUUGUUUAAUGUACCUCUA